AAAGAAAAAAGCCUUCGCUUCACUGUGUGAUUCUUGUUUUUAUAAGCCACCCACCUAACCCACAUAAAUAACAGUACUAAGCUGCAGGAAAAAGAAAAGUCAGAUUGCGAGAGAAAGCUACUUUGUUUUUUCUCCCCUCGUAUACGUCGUUUUGUCGAACACUCACUCGCUAUCUAUCUCGGAUCGCGAUCUUCAUCGUUGAAGCCAUGGCCUGUGCAAGCUUUGCAAAGCUAAACGCAGCUUCUUCUACCUGGAUCGGCCAACAGUCUUUUGGUCAGCGACCUGGAUCUUCCUCGGCUCGUUUUGCAACUCGCCGAGUCUCCCUACCGAUCCGUGCCAGCUCUUACAAGGACGAGCUCGUUCAAACAGCUAAAACUGUUGCAUCACCUGGACGUGGAAUCCUCGCAAUUGAUGAAUCGAAUGCAACUUGUGGGAAGAGGUUGGCAUCUAUUGGGUUGGACAACAAUGAGACUAACCGGCAGGCAUAUAGACAACUCUUACUGACCACUCCUGGUCUUGGUGAAUAUAUUUCUGGUGCAAUUCUUUUUGAGGAAACUCUUUACCAGUCCACCACAGAUGGAAAGAAGUUUGUGGAUUGCUUGCGUGAUCAGAACAUUGUUCCUGGUAUCAAAGUUGACAAGGGUUUGGUGCCUCUUCCAGGAUCAAACAAUGAGUCUUGGUGCCAAGGUUUGGAUGGAUUGGCAUCAAGAUCUGCUGAGUACUACAAGCAAGGUGCUCGUUUUGCUAAGUGGAGAACAGUUGUCAGCAUUCCCUGUGGUCCUUCUGCUUUGGCUGUUAAGGAAGCUGCAUGGGGACUUGCUCGUUAUGCUGCCAUUUCUCAGGACAAUGGUCUUGUGCCCAUUGUUGAACCUGAGAUUCUUCUUGAUGGAGACCAUGGAAUUGAGAGAACACUUGAAGUCGCAGAGAAGGUCUGGGCUGAAGUCUUUUUCUACUUGGCGGAGAACAAUGUUGUGUUUGAGGGUAUCCUGCUUAAGCCUAGCAUGGUAACACCAGGUGCUGAACACAAGGAGAAAGCUUCUCCUGAUACCAUUGCCAAAUACACACUCACAAUGCUCAGAAGAAGAGUACCACCUGCAGUUCCUGGAAUCAUGUUUUUGUCGGGAGGACAAUCUGAAGUUGAAGCGACCCUUAACCUCAAUGCAAUUAACCAAAGCCCCAACCCCUGGCAUGUGUCUUUCUCAUAUGCACGUGCACUGCAGAAUUCUGUGCUUAAGACAUGGCAGGGGCAUCCAGAGAAUGUGGAAGCUGCACAGAAGGCACUUUUGGUACGUGCCAAGGCAAACUCCUUGGCACAGCUUGGAAAGUAUUCUGCUGAGGGUGAAAACGAGGAAGCUAAGAAGGGCAUGUUCGUCAAGGGCUACACCUAUUAAGCAGCAUUGCAUGAAUGGACAUGCUGCUUGUCGUUUCUUAAAAGUGUACUUUGUAUUUUCUAUCGGUUCUUCUUACAUGUUAUGAUGUUAGAUUUGCUUGCUGAGGAAAUGUAGCAUUAGGUGAGCUUCUUAAUUUUCUUUCCCCUUUUUAACUCCUGUUCUUAAGAUUAGAGGCUUGAAUAAUACCUGAGGGAAAGAAAAGUUUUCCGAACUGUUAUCCAGGAAAUGGUAUGAAUUAUUGUUCUUGAAUUUUUUAUACGAAUCCAUGGAUGUUUCUAUGGUCAUUUGAAACAAA